GGUGUCUGUUGUACGAAACAGAAGGGAUUGUAAUUGUAAGCCACCUUGAGACUUCUUAAGGAAGAGAAAAGGGGGGGGGUAUAAAAACCAACUCAUCAUCUUCUGUGCCAGGCAUCUUCAGAACAAAAGGCAGAAACAUUACAGUGCAGAACUAAGCGAUGAUCUUCGGGACUGUAGAACUAUCAGUUGCAGAUCUAAAGAUCUGGACCAGAACACUUCUCAGAUGGCCUCAAGGGUGAUUUUAGGAUUCCUCGCAAUCAAGCUUUUGCUGUACAUUACUGCAGGUGUAGAGCUGACCAUUAACAAUAAUGACACUGACCACACGCUGCAAACAGAGCCAGGCCUGAGUCAGUCCCUCUGGUGCGCUGUACGGAAUCACAGCCGGGAGGAGGAGCUGGUCUGGCUCCGGCAGGAUGAGACGGUUGACCUGAAAGAUGGAAACCGAGUGAACGCCAGCAGCAUCUGCAUCUCACCUGUCUCUAAGGAAGACAAUGGGGUUUCCUUUACCUGCAAGCUGGCCCGAGAUGGGUCCAUCCAGAUCACUGUGGUACUGGAUGUCAUCUUCCCACCUUCCCUAAGUGGAGAAAAUCAUCCAUCAGUACCAGAAGGGGAUGAUGUGACCCUCAGCUGCCACGUGAAGGCUAACCCACCAGCUCGGAUGGUUUGGUAUAAGGACAACAACACCUUGGUCUUGGAGCCUGCCCGUUUCCAGAUUUUCCAGUCCAGCGACCUCUUUCAGCUGAUUAUCAAGAAAGCCCAGGAUUCUGACGGUGGAGCCUAUAUGUGCGAGGCCAGUUCGGCUCUUGGAACAGCAACGAGAAAUUUUCACUUGACUGUCGGAGCUGGGAAACUUGCCUUCCCAACAGAGGCAGUCAUUGCUGCAGCAGUGGUGGGCGUGCUCACCAUCCUUUUUGCUAUUGUGGCUCGACUAGAGGCAAUUCUUAAGUGCUUCAGGAAAGCCAGAAGAUCAUCAAGCAACACAGCACUAUGAAGGAAUUCCCAUCUUGGCACAACAUAAGAAGCAUCUAUGGCUGUCACUGACUGCAAACCCUUCCUUGGGUUUCCGUGGUUCAGAUCCUUCCAUGCUUUAUUUAUUCUUGCACAUGUGUACAUGCUUGGAUUGUAACUUCAUUCCCUGGGAAAUUCCUGCUGGCCAGACUUCAAAUAUUCUUUCAAGGUUAAAAAUUAACUUCAGAGUCGUUGCUGCCCUAAUCAAGGUGGCCAGCGUGUCGGCAUGAAAGAGAACGGAAGGUGUGGUGUGUUUCCCUCCCUUCCGUCUUCAGACAUACGCAGUUGCUAAGUAAAAUUUUGAAGGGAGCAUCGUAAUUAUUUGCUGAUUAACACUAAUUAUAGGCGAUUCAUUCAUUUCCUUCCCUACUUUCUCAGAAAGUCAACGAAUGUGUUGCUGCAUCACUUUUAAACACUGGGGUGGCAACACUUCUACAAACUGCAUUUUCCUGAUUGACGAGUCCUUUGCUUUAUUCCCCACUUGCACGUCAGCUGCUUUGCUGAUGCAUCUCAGUACAAGGACUGAGAAGUGGGUGAACUAUUUUUGCUCCCUGAAGACCCCAGAAAACACCUCUUCUGCUCUAUGAACUGAGCCCCUGUGAUGUUCUUAGCACGGGCGUGCCACUUGUACCAGCUGAAGCAGGGCUCAUGUAGUAAGGGCAGGCUUGAGUUUUGCUAUUGUGAAGGAGGUGGAGACUUGGAUCAAAUCAGAAGCAGUGCAUCAUGGGGGACUUGGAUUAAAAUCCCCCCUCAGUCGCGAAACUUAUUAAGUCCACGUCUCUCAAUCCGACCUACCUCAGAGGUUUGCUAUGCAGAAGGAAACUUGGGGGGGGGGGAAGAGCCAUGUAUACCACCAAAAGCUACUUAGCUGUACAUUGCAAUAAGAAAAUAAAGUUGAAAACUGAGAUUCAA